AUGAUCCUCGGUGGAAAAGCCGCCAUCACCCGGCGCAUCAUCUCUGGACUUCACAACGCUAAAGUUCAAGCGCAACCAUGUGGCGUGGAUCUAUCGCUUCAUCACGUCUCGAAAUGGACUUCGGCUGGCAUCGUCGACUUCAGCAACCAACACCGCGCGAAUGCAAACGUGGAGAAGAUGCCGUCCACGGCCGGGAAACUGCAUCUGAGCACCGGCAAUUAUUUGGCCAUGUUCAACGAGACCGUCGACAUGCCGCUGGAUAUCAUGGGCCAGAUCUUCUUGCGAAGCUCGCUGUGGCGAUGCGGAGCGUUGCUGAGCGCUGGUGUGAUGGACAGUGGAUACAGAGGGGCGGUGGGAGCGAUGCUGCAAGUGGUCAACCCUCACGGCAUUACGUUCCAUGAGCAUGCGAGAUUGGCACAGAUGGUGUUUCAUGAGAUGGAUGAAGAAGUAGAGGGCUAUGAUGGGGUGUAUCAAGGCGCGAGUAAGUUAUAG